AUGGCAGACGUCGGUGGUGAUGACAACCAUGUCUCAGAGCCUCUCGACUUGGUGCGACUUUUGCUGAACGAGGUUGUGUUCGUCAAGUUGAGGGGUGACAGGGAGCUCAAGGGAAAACUACAUGCGUAUGACAGCCAUUGCAACUUGGUGCUUGGCGAGGUGGAAGAGACCAUCUACGCAGUGGACGAUGACGAGGAUGAUGACGAGAUCAAGACCGUGAGCCGGAAAUCAGAGAUGCUUUUUGUGAGAGGCGACAGUGUGGUCAUGAUCUCGCCGGGCGUGCCAUUCUGA